GCGGCCGCCCCUCGCUGGGGCGGAGCCGCCGUAGAGGUUCCGGGGCGGUGCGGGGAAAAUGGCGGCCACCAAGCGGGUGCUGUAUGUGGGCGGGCUGGCGGAGGAGGUGGACGAGAAGGUGCUGCACGCCGCCUUCAUCCCCUUCGGCGACAUCACCGACAUCCAGAUCCCGCUGGACUACGAGACCGAGAAGCACCGGGGGUUUGCCUUCGUGGAGUUCGAGCUGGCAGAGGAUGCUGCAGCAGCCAUUGACAAUAUGAAUGAGUCUGAGCUCUUCGGCAGGACAAUUCGUGUGAACUUGGCCAAGCCAAUGCGAAUUAAAGAAGGAUCAUCCAGGCCGGUCUGGUCGGAUGAUGAAUGGCUGAAGAAGUUCUCAGGGAAGACUCUGGAGGAAAACACGGAGGAAGGAGGAGCAGAGGCACCCAAACAAGAGGCGCAGGAGGGUGAGCCUCCUGCAAAGAAGGCCCGGGCCAACCCCCAGGUUUACAUGGACAUCAAGAUCGGGAACAAACCUGCCGGGCGGCUCCAGAUCCUCCUGCGCUCCGACGUGGUGCCCAUGACCGUAGAAAACUUCCGCUGCCUCUGCACCCACGAGAAAGGCUUUGGCUUCAAGGGGAGCAGCUUCCACCGCAUCAUCCCCCAGUUCAUGUGCCAGGCCGGGGACUUCACCAACCACAACGGCACUGGAGGCAAAUCCAUCUAUGGGAAGAAGUUUGAUGAUGAAAACUUCAUUCUCAAGCACACGGGGCCGGGACUGCUGUCAAUGGCAAAUUCUGGCCCAAACACCAACGGCUCCCAGUUCUUCAUCACGUGCGAUAAAACAGACUGGCUGGACGGGAAGCAUGUGGUGUUCGGCGAGGUGACAGAGGGCAUGGACGUGGUGCGGCAGAUCGAGGCUCAGGGCACCAAGGACGGGAAGCCGAAGCAGAAGGUGAUAAUCUCCGACUGCGGGGAGUGCGUGUGACCCCGGCGCUGGGGGAGAUUGGGGGUCCUGGCUCCAAAUCCCUGUGCUUCUGCCCAACUUUCCCUGCGAGGCUUGGCACCAAGUGCCUGCAGACGGCGCUGCGGGGAGCUGCCAAGAGCAAUGUGCCUGCCCUGGGGUGAAUCGCGCCUGUGCUGCCCAGCGCUCCCCAUGCGGCAGGGUUGACCUGCCAUCAGCUUUGUGAAGACUUUCUAUUUGACAAAAAUAAAAGCUAGUUUUAAAAAUA